GUAUGGUCGCGUUCUCGCGCGAACGCUGCCCAAAUUCAUGAUCCUCGAGAACGUGCCGCGAACGAACCGAUCGACGACGAGGUCCACUCGCGGCGCGAUUAUCCGUCACGUCGUCACGUCCUUUCUUAGAUUCAGAAGUAAACACGGCCGCGAGAGUCAUGGAAACUGGCGGCGCAUCGCGGCCUUUACACGUACUACUCACGGGUCCACCAGGCAUAGGUAAAACCACGGUGUGCAAAAAAAUCGCAUCCACGCUGGAAAAAAAAGGUAACAAGUUUGACGGAUUUUACACUGAGGAAGUGCGAGAUCGGAUUGGCUCCAGGAUUGGCUUCGACAUCGUGAGCGUAAAGGAUCCUGGAAGAAGAUUAUCCUUGGCACGGCUAAAAAAUCUAACGGAGGCUCAAAAAGCUUCCAAGUAUCAAGUGGGAAACUACCGUGUUUUUCUGGAGAAUUUCGAGGCUGUGGCGCUUCCAAUAUUGGAUUUAGACACUGAUGUAUUACUUAUCGAUGAAAUCGGCAAAAUGGAAUUAUUUAGCAAAGCCUUUAAGAAAAGAGUAACAGAUAUAUUUUACGGUUCUUCUAAUAAAGCAUUCGUGAUCGGGACUAUUCCGCAAAUACAUAAAGUACCGCAGCAACACACGGCACUGUUCGAAAAGUUGCACGCAGACGAGAGAAUUGAGAUAGUAAACGUGACUCACGGAAAUCGGAAUAACUUGCCAGAAGAAAUUAUUCGUUAUUUUACAUAAAUUAAUAUCGAUAAACGCAUUUAUGUAAAAUGUCAUGUAAAAUAAAAUAUCAAUUUAUGUACAUCAUAAA